CGGAACAACAACAAUCAGUUGAAUCCAAAAUGAGCACUCUGACUCGCCCAAAAUCUCCGCGGACGCCAACUUCUGGCAAAAAUUUAGAUAAGGAGGAGAGCUUCUGGGACAAAAUCGGAACCCUCGGACGGAAGAAGCGCAUCAAGGAAGUUCAGGAAGUUCAAGAGGAGGGUAAAAUAGCUAUCGAUUCACCGGGAAAUCCUAACGCUCCCAUCAUCCCACCGGAAGAUUACAACCUUGCCGAUAACGAAUCACGCUCGAUCAUACAGCCUACGUCGCUGCAAAGUCCUCUGGUGCGGGAACUGCUUCAGGUGCUCAUCGAUUGGAUAAAUGACGAACUGGUCGAGGAUCGAAUUAUUGUCACCGACAUUGAAGAGGAUUUGUACGAUGGUCAGGUGUUGCAGAAGCUCUUCGAGAAGCUCGCCAAUCACAAACUUAACGUACCGGAAGUCACCCAGUCGGCCGAAGGGCAGCGCCAGAAGUUAACCGUUGUGUUGAAUGCCGUGAAUCAUACGCUUGGAUUCCACCAUAAUACCCCAAAAUGGUCGGUAGAAACUGUUCAUACCAAAAAUAUCGUUUCGAUUUUGCACUUGCUAGUUGCUCUAGUUCGUCAUUUCCGGGCCCCUAUUCGUCUGCCGGAGAAUGUUUUCGUUACGGUAGUCAUGGCUCAAAAAUCACUCGGAAAGCUCACGAGCACACAAUUUCAAGAACAAAUUACUCAGCAGUACGACGACGUGGGCAUGCGUUGUGAACGGGAUGCCUUCGAUACUCUCUUUGAUCACGCUCCGGAUAAGCUUGCCGUUGUCAAGAAGUCCCUCAUCACCUUUGUCAACAAGCAUCUGAACAAGCUGAAUUUCGAGGCCUUCGAUUUGAGCACUGAUUUCAAGGACGGCGUGUUCUUGUGCAUGCUGAUGGGCCUGUUGGGUGGAUUCUUUGUUCCGUUGCACGAGUUUCAUCUGACGCCGAAAGAUUCCGACCAAAUGGUUCACAACGUGGCAUUUUCGUUCGAACUAAUGAUGGAUCAAGGCAUGAAGCCGAAAGCCAGACCGGAAGAUAUCGUGAAUAUGGAUUUGAAAUCGACGCUACGUGUUCUAUAUACUCUUUUCACCAAAUAUCGAAAUAUCUCCUGAAUGGCGACCAAAUAUUUGAAACCAACUAACGUGCCUUUACCCUCGUGGUAUCGAAUGGAAUCAAAAUGUAGCAGACUAGGGCGCACAAUCGUCAACUAAAACACAAGUAAGUACUUUUUAACACCAUAUGAUUAACGUAUUAAAACGGUCUAGUAUUUUAUGAGGAGAAAAGUGUUUGAAAACAUUAACACAAUUCACAACCCUACCCGCGAAUGUGGUAGGAAAAUUUUGAAACGAUUCAUAAAAAAGAACUAACUAUACUUUAUUCCUCCGAAUUCACAAAUGCCUUUGUAACUUAGACGUCUAGAAACAAAUCUAUAUUUACCUGUUUUAACGAUGUUGUGCUGAAUGUUAUUUAUUAGAGCUAGGAAGUUAACAAGAUAAUUGGAAAAAUAUAUUUUAUCUUAAAA